AGCGCACUUGUCUUCAACGACCACGACGAUACCGACGAGCUCAACGUUGCUGGUUGCCUAGCAAUUCAAGAUACACGAAAAAGGAUACAACUUGUUCAUACUAUUUGCUCUUCAAAUUUGGCUGGUAUUUCCUAGCGCCUUGUUGGAAAUGGUGACUGGCCUGGGGAUGCGACGUUGAGCCUGACGGCCUCUGAUAGCGCUGUAGAUGCGGCCUGUGUAUUGCAAUGGAGGUGCCUAUGGGGAAACAGAGACGAAAACUUUAGUGUUUUCUCUGAUUGAUUAUCAUCGUAUCCAUCGCUGUGGCACUUUCUCGAAACACACAUCUUCUACCCUGAUCCAAUAACAGCACCGACUCGGAUGGAAUAUGACUAAGUUCGGCGCAUAGAUCACGAUCACGAUAUAAAGGCAACUGUGAAGGAACAACGUGCCACAAGAACAUGUCUGCUUCUCAACUUGUCUGGCUCAUCACUGGAACAUCGACCGGCAUCGGACGAGAUCUCGCUCUUGCAGCGCUUGCGCGAGGAGAAAAGGUCAUCGCGACGGCUCGAGCUCGGUCUGUUCAUCAGAUAGCCGAUCUUAAAGAUAAUGGAGCAGAGACACUUGAGCUGGACGUCACGGCGCCGCUUGAUGACUUGAAGAAGAUCGCGGAAAAGGCUGUAGGAAUCUAUGGUAGGGUUGAUGUGCUGGUGAACAAUGCCGGAUACAUCUUGGCUGGUGCACUGGAGGAAAGCACACCCGAAGAGACCUUCGAGCAGUUCAACACGAACGUCUUUGGCGCCCUAAACGUGGCCCGUGCAUUCCUGCCAUACAUGCGGGCCCGACGAACCGGUACCAUCGUUUGGGUUGGCUCUAUUGGCGGCUGGAGAUCCGUACCGAACGCUGGCCUCUACGGCGCGACGAAAUGGGCACUCCGUGGAAUUUCAGAAACUCUCCACGUCGAAGUUGCACCCUUGGGCCUGAGGAGUAUCUGCAUCGACCUUGGAUACUUCCGCACGUCCUUCCUCACCGCAGACCAUCGGAAGCCGCACGUCUCCAGGAUUGAUGAUUACAAAGAACUCACGAACAAAGUCGAGACGGCGUUUCAGGCGUACAACGGUAAUCAGCCAGGAGAUCCGAAGAAGGGUGUACAAGUCAUGCUGGACGUCGUACGUGGAGAGGGCGUCGCCCAAGGAAAAGAGUUUCCCAAGUCGCUGUUGCUCGGUUCAGACUGCUUUGGAGGCGUGCAACAGCAGCUGGAUGGUUACUUGAAGCUUCAGGCCCAGUGGGAGACCGUUUCGAAGAGCACCGAUUUCAAAUAGUGAAUAAGGAAGAUACGAGCAUCAAUAUAGAGAGAAUCUGAACCAUGAAUUCUCAAUCGAGCUGUCAGCAUCAAUUGCAAUGUUGGCCAUGGCUGCAAAACCUCUUUGCGCUCCCACUUUGGCUGAAAGAUGAAGAUGAAAGAACGCUUGUGACAAUCAUAUGAUAAAGAUGCGUAAAGAUAGAACUAGACCAAAACUAGUAUCUAUGCAAAUGAUUGUUUACAGUCCAAGAAAUGCAUCUGUUAUUGACGACACCGUCAGUUUAGACGGACCUAACAGUGCCAAGGUUUUUCUCCGCCACCUGG